AUGGAUUACAACAGGAUGAACCACAGUGAAACUUACAACAAGAAAAUUAUAUGGAAGAUGGGUCUGAAUGCAAGUCUGGGCUCAUUAAUCUUUGGAUAUAAUUUUGGUGUAUUUAAUACUUCUCAAGAGAAUGUAUCUGCAGCACUAGGAUGAAAUGAUAAUAAAGAUCUUUAUAUAUCCAUAAUGACAGCUUUAUUCUCUGCAGGAGGAUUAUUUGGAGCAACUUCAGCAGGUUUAAUCACAAACAAAAUAGGUAGAAGAAGAGCCUUGAUGCUAAUGGAUAUUCUUCAUAUGGUUUCCUGUGCGCUUUUUGCUAUAAUUUAUACUCCAUUUUUUGCAGCUGGGAGGUUUUUAACUGGUUAUGUCUGUGGAGUCUAUUCUACUUUGGUCCCUUUAUACCUUACUCCCCACUCAGUGAGCGAACAAACAGAAUUGGCUAGAGAUUUUAUUAUACUAAUAAUCACUUAUAUAUUAAAAUUUAUUUUUCAUAAAAAAUUUUUUGUUUGCUUACAGAGGGCAGAUUUUUGGGCAAAAAAUAGGGAUUUUUUUCCAAUGGCUUUGUUAGCUUAUGGAGUGGGGAGUUAGUGAAAUUGCACCAGCAGACAUCAUGGGGAAAAUAGGUGACUUAUCACAAUUGAUAAUUGCAUUUGGAGUCUUCCUGUCAUAUGUAGUUGGACUUCCUUUGCCAAUUGAUGAUAACAAUUCAAGCCAGUUAAAAUAUUAUUGGAUACUUAUGUUUACUGUGCAAAUUCUUUUUUCAAUAACACAAUUCUUUAUAUUGUAUAAAGUAUAUAAAUAUGAUACUCCUGUAUGAUAUUUAUCUAACUCUCCCUGUGUGAGCGAAUAAAAAAAUUUGUUCGUCAAUUUUUUUAAAAUUUAUAUAUAAAUAUAGUAAAUGUUGUUUUCGAAAUUUAAAAAUUCCAAUUUGCAAAAAUCGGAAAACAAAUAUUAAUUUAAUUUGUAAAAUUUAUUUUCGAAAUUUAAUUUGCUUACAAUUAAACCGAUUAGUUAGAGAUUUAACUAGCCAUCACUUAUAUAUCAAAAAUUAUUUGUUCGCUUACGAAGGGAUUUUCCAAUGGUUUUGUUCACUCACGGAGGGGGGGAAUAAGCACCAAAAUGAAAAGGCUUUAUACUGUCUUUUGCAGUGAUACAACGAAACUGGAGCUUACGAUGUUUUAAAGAAAUUCGGCUCAUCAGUUAUCGGAAUUCUCGAAGAAGACCACGACAACAGUGGGUUUUCUCAAUCAGAACUCACAGUAGAAAUCUGUGAAAAAGCUUCUCUCGAAAUAAGAGACGAAAUAGAUUUUAGUUAUAAGGAUUUAUUACUAUUCAGAAAGAAGACAGGAAAAAUGAUGAGGCUUGGCUUCCUAAUGAACACUUUUCAAAGCACUACAGGCGUUGCAGCUUUGACAGCCUACACUACAAAGAUUUUUAUGUCCUUAGGAAUGGGCACUUUUGAAGCAAGAAUUUUUACAGUUGGCCUAGGGAUAUUAAAUUUCCUCUCAACUUUAUCUGUGAUUCCAAUCAUUGAUAAAUUCAAUAGAAAAACUCUCCUGAUGACAGGAGUUUCUUGUAUGUGCUUGUCUAUGUUUUCCCUUGGAUUUAUAGCAGAAAAUGACCUUACUUCUUCAUUUUUGGUAUUUACAUUUAUCAUUACUUUUAUAUUUGGGUACGGUACUGGUAUAGGGACUAUAUGCUGGGUGUAUUCAGGGGAAAUUUUAACGUCAAGAGCAAUGGCUAUUUGUAUAGGAGCGAAUUGAUUUUGGGCGACGGUUGAUACUUUCACGUUCCCAAAUGUUGUGAAUAUUUUUUCUAUAGGAGUGGCGUUUUGAAUCUAUUCAGUUAUUUGUUUGAUCACAAUUGCAUAUUUUCUGGUUGAUUUUGUGGAAACAAGAGGUUUAAACAAAUUCCAAAUCAGAAAAGCUUUUGAAAAGUUUAGUUAA